AUGGAUCAAGAAAUUUCAAUCAGGUGAUCUGAUCUCCAAAUGUAUUCGUCUAGCAACUGCAAAGCUGUAGUCAGGAAUAUCCCUGUUUCUGAAGCAGAGUUUAGGAUUCUUAUUCAAAGAUUUAGUGAGAAAAUUAAGUGAUUGAAGUUUUAUAGUAAUAAUAAGCAAGGCAUCAUCAAAAAGGACAAACUCUCGAAAUGCUUUCUGCAGCUGGAUCCAUCAGUCAUUAAUGAAUUUAUUAAUGAAAUGAAUUCUACGUUUUUUGAUGCUAAAGGAGAAAAGUUUACAUUAGAAGCUGAGCUCGCAUCAUUUCAAUCAGUUCCUAUAGCAACAGCUUCACAAAACACUGAAUUCUUCACUUCACCUCAGUUUUUACAAUUCAAAGAACUUUAUGAGUCUGGAAACUUGGAGCAGGGAACUUUUAAAUCAGAAGAAAACUUGCCACCGAAAAAAUCAUCACUUGUAGAAAUGGUGAAGUCUGAGUUGGAAGAAGAAAGAAAGAAAAAGGAAAACAAAAUCAAAAAGAAAGGAAAUAAGUGGAAUAAAAAGAAUAAAAAUUGGAAAAAUAAAAAAUAA